UGAUACGACUGAUGGCUUACAAGACUCUUUAUUUUUUUUGCAAUUGACAUCACCGUUUUGUCACACGUAUCGUCCAUGAUUAUUAUCGGGCUCAAUUGAUUUGUUUGUGUUUUUCUAAUCGGUUAAUUUAUUGUGAAUAUGGAAGUGGAAAGUUUGGCUCGCUGGUCGGAAACCAACGCCACAAAUUCAUCUUUUCUCAGAGUUCUAGGACUGGAAAGUUAUCAUGAAUCAGCUCCUUUCAAGUAUCGGCCGGAUCUCAAUAAAAAAAUUAUUUUGUGGGAAGGAGAUAUUACUGCGCUCUGUGUAAAUGCUGUUGUACAUCCAACUAACGAAUCAUUUACUGAAAGUUCACAGUUAAGUCAGAAAGUGAUGGAUUGUGCUGGCAGCAAACUUAAAGAGGAACUAGUCACAAAAAUUAAAUAUUGUAGGACAGGUGAGGCAAAAAUUACUCAGGGAUUUAAUUUACCUGCCCGUCACAUAAUUCACACAGUUGGUCCGAAGUACAAUGCACGCUACAAAACAGCUGCAGAAACUGCCCUUUAUUUUUGUUAUAGGAAUGUAUUGGAACUUGUUCAUGAAUAUCAUCUAUCAAGCGUGGCCAUUCCCAUCAUCUACACUGUGAAAAGAGGAUAUCCCCCAGAUGAAGGAGCUCAUCUGGCACUCAGGACGAUCCGGAGAUUUUUGGAGCAAUACGGUGACAACAUCGAGAGCGUCAUUCUCGUUUUGGACGCCAAUAAUUAUGGCAUUUAUCAAGUCCUGUCACCGCUGUAUUUUCCGCGCAGUGUCCAGGAAGCCGAAUUUUCUCGUUACCAGUUGCCAUUCGAAAUUGGGGAUCCGGUAAAUGGUGAACCCAUUAUCAGUGACCGACGUAUCCGCAUCAUUGAUAAUCCGCAGCAUGCGUUCCAAGAUUCGUGGGAGGAGCCACAAGAUCUAAGUGCCAAAUUCGGCUGCAGCGUGUCAGUGGGCGAGCACUCAUUCGCACAGAUGGAGGAUGAUGUAGAUAGACAAAAGCUGCUGGGCCAACCCAGUCAUCAACGUGUUGGUCAGCCCGUUACUGAUCUCGAUCACUUAACUUUGCAAGUCCAGCAUCAUGAAAGGUACGAACGAUUGCUGCGCCGAGCCAAAACCGAAGAUUUGUCAGAAGUUUCCGGAAUUGGAUGUCUCUACCAGAGCGGGACGGACAAGUUUGGUAGACCCGUAGUCGUCUUUAUCGGCAAAUGGUUUAAUUUUAAUGAAAUCAAUUUAGACAAGGCUCUACUGUACUUGAUCUCGCUACUCGAUCCUCUAGUCAAAGGCGAUUACAUUAUCCUCUACUUCCAUACACUUACCGAGGGGCAUAAUCACCCAUCCAUGACGUGGAUGCGAGAAGUCUACAACGUCUUGGAAUACAAGCACAAGAAGAAUUUGAAAGGCUUUUACAUUAUCCAUCCUACCUUUUGGACAAAGGUGAUGACUUGGUGGUUCCUAACAUUCAUGGCUCCGGCUAUCAAAGACAAAGUCCAUUCAGUACCGGGCGUCGAGUACUUGUACAACAUCAUCAACAUGGAUCAGCUGGAAAUACCCGCCUUCAUCACCGAGUAUGACAUGACGGUCAACGGUGUCCGUUACGUCGAACAGCCGAGCAGCGACGAAUAGUGAAGCCAGUUGAGCCCUGAAAACGAUAUGUCCACUUCCACGAGAGCCAUCCCUCUUCUCUUUCGGCGUACGAAGUAACAAAACCAAAACAAAAAAGGUCCUUUCUGAACACACACACACACGCCCGAUCCCCUCUUCCUUGUUCACAUUAGUGUCGUCACACAAUAAGAUUUGUUGCGCGUAGAAGAAGAAACUGGCCCAUGAUCAAAAGCCAGGCGGAUGCAAUAGUUUCUCGUUGCUGAGAUCGUCCAUUUUUUAAUUGUUGAUUCAAUACUCUUGUUUCAUUUAGUAAUUAAGAAGAUAGGAAAAAAAAAGGAGGGAGAAAAAUCGAUAGGCCGGGUGGACUAGUCGGCCGUUCACGUGUCCACAAUUUUUUCGCUUGUUGGUCGUAUUUUUGUACGUUGCUGCGAAACGUUUUUCUACAUGGCCGUGCCAUCCGUUAACAAAAAAAAAAAGUCUUUUGUGAUCAGGUAAACACAACAAAAAAUUGUUUAGGUGAAACCAAAGGAAAGGAAUCGAAGAGCGGCAUUGUUUCUUUAUUUUUUAUUAUUAUGCAUAUAAUUAUACGAAAGAGAAUGAAGAGCGUAGCAUGUGUCAAAUUAGUGCCUCGCGAUAGAACUGUGUAGGGAUUUGUAUCCGUCUUCCCAUCUCUUUAGUCUCUUUGAGGAGUCUUCUUCUUACAAUCGCUUAAACGUCCCACUCUCACUUUCCGCAAUUCUUGGAUAUUGUGUCGAUUUCCUCUUCUCUUUCUUGGCAUCUUUUGGGCACUUUUCCAGCCGUUUAUCUUUCCUCUUUGUCUCUCUCUUUUUGCUGGUUCGCACCAUUCACAAAGUCGUUGUCUCCCAUCCAGGUAAAGUUUUUUUUUUCUUUUUUGAAAGGGGGGGUUUCCAUUACCAAACAUUAGUUAUGCGACGACUACUAGAUGCUAUCUUAGAUUUUUACCGGCCAUUCGUGAUUGUACGACCUUGCCCUCCUCUCAUUCUCCCUUUCUCUCUUCUUGCCUCUCUCUUUUUCAUUUCUUCUCAAAUACUUACAUCUAGUUAUUAUUCAAUGAAUUUUUCGUUCCACUAUAAACAAACUUUACAUCGGAUGCUGUGAACGUGAGUUUUCUUUUUUCCAUUUUUGUUUUUCGCGAACACACCAGCCAAAAGAAAUAGUUGUUGAAGAAGAAUAUGCGAAGAUUUAUCAAAGCCAACACACACACAAAACAAGCGAAAGAAAAAAAAAAUUUAACCAAUAACAGCCGCCCGAACUUUCGUGUAGCGUGUAGUUUAUUGAUUUAUACGAGAUUCGAAUACAAAAUGAUUAAAACGUU